AUGUCCGUCUUCACAGAUAGUCGGAAUAGCAGUCCGCUAAAUCCGCAUCAAGCCGUGCCUGCUGAAGUUCUAGGUGACGAGCGCAAUCGGUCAAGCAUGUCGAACCGGUCUCAAACACAUCCUGCACCCAUUAUCCGCAGUUCCUCGGGCUCGUCAUCUGAAUCUUCAAUAAGAAGUCCCCGAACAGCACGCUUUGCCGAAGAGACCACUGUGAUCUCACCAAUAUCUCCUGCCGGCCCGUCUCCAUUUGCGGACCCUCCUAUAUCAGAGAAAGCUGCCCAAGCUCAUGUCUCAGAUGUCGGAUUUGGAUAUGUCGCGGAUAACAACCCAUCAAUACAUACAUCGCAGCCACCCCUGACUCCAGCGUCGCCAUUGAAGAGCGCACUGAAGACUCCGGGAACGGCAAGAACGUUGAACCCACUCAGUCCGACCUUCCGAGAAGAGCUGAAGUUGGAAAGAGAGGAAAAGAAAACCGAGAGGGAAAAUGCUCGGGAUUUGAAAAUCAAAGUCCGAGUAAGGUUAGCCAAGGUUCUGCUGCGUGGCGUGAACUUCAGUUGCAGUUUAAUCGUGCUCUCCCUUCUCUCGACUAGCUUGACCAUUUUCAAAACGACAAAGGACCUUCCGGCUCGGAACAAUCUUCCUCCAUGGGCCCAAGGGACUAAUCCUUGGGCACAAUACCUUUUAUUGGUCCUUUCUUGUGUCUCCCUCUUUACCGCCGUGAUCGUCUUUUGGGGCUAUUGGAAAGGAGGACAUAGACGUGCGGAGAAAGUGGCAAUCUAUUACUCAUUAUUUGCAGUGGGAUUCUUCAUCUUCAGCACCGUCAUGUGGGUAGUUGUAGCGGCUAUUUUUCAAAGUUCCAAAGCCAACGGCAAUGGAAAAGAUCUCUGGGGCUGGUCAUGCAAUCAGAAUUUACGCGAGCAACUCUUCCAAGCCGAGGUGAACUACGCCUUGGUUUGCCGCCUGCAAGAUUGGUCCUUGGUUUGUGCCAUCAUUGAAAUUGUCAUCGAGGUCAUUGUCCUUGUGAUUUACGCCAUUGGCUUCUACCGCUUCUACUCAAAACAGCGUUUGAAGAAGACAAUGGACCUCAGGGACAAAGCCCGUUCGGACUUGUAUCUUGCUCAGCUCCGUAUACAAUCUGCCCCGAACACUCCUGGAUUCGUCCCAAUGACCCCCAAGUCACCUUACGUGUCUAUGGCCGCUGUUCAGAACUCCUACUCCGCCGCAGAGAAUGGCGAGAAUUACGCGGUACAAUACGCCAACCCCAAAUCGCCCACCCGAGCGGUCUCGAAGCCAUUCCAGCUUCAACCGCCGCCAAUUCGGAUACAGCAUGCGACACCUAAAGUCGACCAAGAAGGCUUUUCAGCCACCUCUUCACCAGAAGAAGAACCCGGAUCCGAGAAAAUCAACGACCACGUUGGUGCCGCCCCAGGGGAGAAGACGUACGACGCUGUGCCCAUUCCAGGGGCCUACACUACCCCCCUGAGCAGUCCUAGCUACCCUCCUCCUACUAGGUACUAG